AUGAUUUGUGACUGUAGAUGCUUGUACUUCAGUGUAUUUGCGUUGUUGGUGCCUCUGGUUCCACAGGGUUCUGCCCAUACCGAUAAUUCCGACGUCAAAGCUCUUCAAGAUCUGUAUAGGUCUUUUAAUACUCCACCACAGCUCAAGGGAUGGAAAUCAAAUGGUGGUGAUCCCUGUCAAGAAUCAUGGACUGGAGUUUCCUGUGCUGGUUCUUCGAUCAUCGAAAUCAAACUUGACAAUCUAAACAUUAGUGGAAACCUUGGUUACCAGCUCAAUAAUCUCCAUCACUUGAAGCAACUGGAUGUUAGCAACAACAACAUUUACGGUGAAAUUCCAUACGGCCUGCCUCUGAAUCUAACACACUUAAAUUUGGCAUGCAACAAUUUAAGCCAAUAUAUACCUUACUCGAUAUCUUCCAUGAAAAAUAUUCGACAUAUGAAUUUGAGCCACAAUUUUCUGUCAGGGCCUGUUGGGAAUGUAUUUACAGGCCUAGCAUCUCUCAAAGAAAUGGACCUAUCGUACAACGAAUUUAUUGGAGACCUACCAAGUUCAUUUGGAACGCUGAGAGGCCUCUCAAGACUGUUCUUGCAGCAUAACGAAUUCACAGGAUCAGUAAUCUUUCUAGCUAGCCUUCAACUAACAGAUCUGAACAUUCAAGAUAACCAUUUUAGCGGUAUUAUUCCCAAACAGUUCCAAUCUAUUCAGAAUCUGUGGUUUGGGGGUAAUAUGUUUGACAAAGGGAACAAUAGUCCACCCUGGGAUUUCCCUAUGGAAAAUCUGCCUGAUCCGAAUAUUACCGCUCCAUCUUCCGAGUCAAGUGCUAUUACAAAUGAUCCUUCGCCUGAAUCCAGCAGGCACAAGAAGAAAAAAAUACGCUUUAUAGUGAUUAUGGUUGUUGGAUCUACUUUUUUGGUAGCGUCCUUAGCAAUUUUCAUCAAGAUUCGCUUCCAUAAUCGUGCUAGAAAGCUUAGAAGACGACCAGAGAGUAGUGAAGGCUCACGCCAUUCUCUUCCAAUCAGUAUGGCCAGAGAUUGCUCAUCUACAGCUCUUGACGAGAGCCCGGAAGUCUCAGCUAUCAGUUCACCUACUGCUGGCCCAAGGCAUGUACCUCCAGUUCGUACUAAAGUUGUGAGAGUCAAUAGGAGGAGAAGUUUUGCUAAAAAGAGUAGAAUACCGAUAGGUGCAAAAUUAUACACUGUGGCUGAAUUGCAAUUAGCAACAAAUAGUUUCAACCGAACUAAUUUUUUAGGAGAAGGGUCUAUCGGGUCCGUGUUCAGAGCAGAGUUCCCUGAUGGACAAAUCUUUGCGGUGAAGUGCAUCAGCAUGGUGGUUCUCUCUCUUCUCGAAGAACAGCAGUUUUUGGAGGUGAUUUGGAACGCAUCCCGUUUAAGGCAUCCUAACAUCAUACACCUUCAUGGGUACUGCACAGAGCAGGGACAACAUAUGCUUGUGUAUGAAUACGUAAGAAAUCUUUCCCUUGACGACGCAUUGCAUUCUGACACAUACGUGCCUUUGUCUUGGGGACUUCGGCUUCGAAUUGCUCUUGGAAUCGCUCGAGCUUUGAAUUACUUGCAUUCCAUAUGCAUGCCUCCUUUGGCUCACAGAAAUUUGAAGGCAGCUAAUGUUUUACUCGAUGAAGAUCUAACUCCACGCAUCUGUGACUGCUGCCUAGCUGUUUUGAAACCCCUAACAAUCAACAGUGCUAGAGCCGAGGCUUCUGAAACGGAUACCGGCUGCAUUGUUCCUGAAGACAACCAAUCUGUAACUAGUGACCAGAAAGAUGAUAUAUACGCCUUUGGAGUGCUUCUACUCGAGCUUUUAACUGGGAGGAAGCCUUUCGAGGGAAAUGAAUCAAGAGAAGAGAAUUCGCUAGUGCAAUGGGCGUCUUCCCGGCUUCAUGACAACGAGUCCUUGGAUCAGAUGGUUGAAGCAGCCAUCAGAAAAUCAAUUCCCCCCAAGGCUCUCUCGCGGUUUGCUGAUGUGGUUUCACUCUGUACUCAGGCGGAGAAGGGAUUCAGACCUCCAAUGUCAGAAAUCAUGGAAUCACUGGCACAUUUGCUAGAAGACUACCGUAAGAGUAGAACAGCUGCAGAGACUGAAUUUGAUCCAUACGAGAGGUCUUUUCGUUCUACACACUCGCGCUUCAUUGGAUCACCAACUAUGAGCUAUAUGUCUAUCUGAUCUUGGAAAUUGCUUCCACCAGAGACCACAAAAGAUUCAUCAUCGCCAUUAGAGAAAGAUAGAGUAAAAAU